GUACCACCGAAGCAGAGCCUUUUAUUAGUGGUCUGUGAAGCAAAGGGAAUAUAAAAAUAUAAAUUUUUAUCUGUGAGCUAUGGAAUUUAAAAUUGAAAUUAAGGACGAGUUUAUUGAAAAUGAUUACAGCUUAGAGAACGAAAAAGUAACUCUACUCUCAUCUUUUAAGGAACAAACAGAUCCAGACUGUCAGUUUUCUACAUCAACAGAUUUUGCAGACUUAAAUAAUGAACUAGAAGAAAAUAAAUCAGAUGCUUCCCAGCAGGAAACUACAAUGGAAAUUAUGGAAAUAUUACCGAAAUGUAUACCUAAGGAAGAACUUCAAAAAAUUUCACAAAGUACUCUAAAAGCAGACAUUGCAUUAAUGAAAACUGAACAACAGUACAUAUGUGAUAUUUGCCUUAAGAGUUUUAGUAAUACACGUUAUCUCAAAGUACAUUUGAAAAGUCACUCUGUAGAGAGACCUUACAAAUGUGAAAUUUGUUUUAAACGAUUUUCUCAAAAAACUCCUUUAAAAAAACAUAUGAAGAAAGUUCACGCUGAGGAAAGGCCAUACAAAUGUGAAAUUUGCCACAAAGGAUUUAGUCAAAUAUAUAAUUUGAACAAACAUACGAAAGUACACACUGGAGAAAAACCGUAUGAAUGUAAAAUUUGUUUUAAGCAAUUUGCUGACAAAACACAUUUAGAGAGACAUAUGAGAAUUCACACUGGAGUAAAACCUUAUAAAUGUAAAUCUUGUUUCAAGCAGUUUUCUGAUAAAAGUUGUUUAAUAAACCAUACAAUGAUUCACACUAACGAAAGACCUUACAAAUGUGAAGUUUGUGAUAAGCAGUUCAUUGUAAAAACUAAUUUUAAUAGUCAUAUGAAUGUUCACACUGGAGAGAGACCUUAUAAAUGUGAAACUUGUUUUAAGCGUUUUUCUCAUAGAACUUCUUUAAAAAGGCAUAAGAGACUUCACACUGGAGAAAGACCAUACAAAUGUGAAAUUUGCUUUAAGCAGUUUUCUGACAAUAGUGGUUUAAGGGCACAUAUAAGAAUUCACACUAAUGAAAGACCUUACAAAUGUGAAGUUUGUGAUAAAAAAUUUAUUCAUAAAGCUAAUUUAAAUUCUCAUAUGAAAGUUCACACUGGAGAAAGAGCUUAUAAAUGUGAAAUUUGUUUUAAGCGAUUGGCUCAAAAACAUUCUUUAAAAAGGCAUAUGAAAAUUCACACUGGGGAGUGUCCUUAUAAAUGUGAAAUUUGCUUUAAGCAGUUUACUGACAAAAGUGUUUUAAGGGCACAUAUAAGAAUUCACACUAAUGAAAGACCUUACAAAUGUGAAGUUUGUGAUAAAAACUUUAUUCGUAAUACUUAUUUAAAAUCUCAUAUGAAAGUUCACACUGGAGAAAGAGCUUAUAAAUGUGAAAUUUGUUUUAAUCGAUUUGCUGAAAAAAAGUCUUUAAAAAGGCAUAUGAAAAUUCACACUGGAGAAUGUUCUUAUAAAUGUAAAAUUUGUGGUAAGCAGUUUUCUAAAAACACUUUAAAUAAACAUAUGAAAAUUCACACUGAAGAAACACCCUAAAAUUUCUUUGAAGCAGUUAACUUCAAACUGGAAAAAGUCCUUACAAAUGUUAGAUGUGAGUUUCCAUAAAAAAUUCUUUAGAAAAGCAUAGAAUUCACACCGGAGAAAAACCACAUAAAUGUGAAAUUAGUUUUAAGCAAUUUUCUGAAAAAAAAAAACUAUUUAAAAAGACUGGAGAAAACCCUAAAUGCCAAAUUUGUGCUAAGCAGUUUUCUAAAAAAAAAUGACAUGAAAAAUCACAUUAAAGGAACGCCGAAGGUAAAAUUAGGUUUAAGCAAUGUGGUCAAAAAUGCAUGAAUUUUCACACUCGCGCAGUAUGUUAUAACUGAAAUUUGUGGAAAUCAGUUUAAUCUAAGUAGUACUUUAAAUGAUCAUAUGACAUGUCACACUGGAGAAAAACUGUAACACUUUCGCUGAUGUCAUUAAAAUUAUUGCCUUCAUAUCCAUAGGUAUGUAUACUGUUUCUAAACACUAUCUAGGAGAGACACUGAAAUGAGGUAACAUAUUAUCCAAAAACAAUUAUUAGUAAACCCACAUACCCUAGGGCUGCAUAUUUAAGAGAUCCAAAACAGUAAUCAGUAAAUUAAAACCACAUACGCUUUGGCUUUGGGCGUUUCAUUUAAGGACGUUGAAGCUGUUCGCUACGAUGGAGAUUCGAAAAAAAUAAAUUUUUCUUAUACAUUGAUUGCCAUAAUCACUGUCUUAACCAGUGCAAAUCACAAGGAGAAUACCAUAAUAUUUCAUUUCUUUUUUUUUUGAGUUAUACAGUUAAUAUAUAGUUUCAUUAAAGGUGGCCCGAAAAGGCAUGCGUCGGAGAUUGCCUUUACCUGGAACAAUUUGUGGAUGAAUGGCGUAGUGGUGUUGGGGCUACAAAAAAGAACAAAUAAGAGACUAUGAAGUAGACAAUUAAUGUCAUGUUGUUGAUAUUGCAAAUUUGUCAAUACAUAUAAUUUUUAAGUAACUGUAAUUCUGUAUAAUAUGAAAUAAAAUCGAAUCCAACAUACGCAAACCUCUUAAAACGGGUAGUUUUUUGGUGGUGCGACAGCAUGGUAGUUUGGAGGAAAUCGUUAAAUUAACUAACAACAAACUGAAAAUCCUAAAAUCACUGAGGCAGUCUCCGUUAUACAUGAACAGCUUGAAGCUGUAGUAGAAUCGAUUGAAAAAUGUAUUGAACAUGCAUCUAAUCCAAAAUCAAGAGCGAAAGAAAAAGGCAUUUUAUUUUAAAUGAAGUCUUUUGAUUUUAUUCAGAUAUGCAUCCUAUUUUAAAAAUCGUCAUAAUGAUGAGUAAAACGCUGCUGUCACAUAAAAUCGAUAUGUGUCAGGCUGUAAAUGAAGUUCAACGUUUAGCUCCGGCUAUGAAAACUUAAGAAUAGAGAAAAGUGUUAAUAAUAUAUAUUCUAGCUAAAGCAAAAGACAAGCGAUUGUUUUGAUAUAGAAAUCCUGAAACCAAGAAAACGUAAAGUUCCUCGAAGUUGGUACGAUAAUCCUGAUAUGAUAUUUUUGUGAUUUAGGAGAAAAAAAUAAGAAACACAAUUAUUUGUUUUAUAUCUAGGAAGAGACAAAAUAAUUUAAUAUUUAAACGAUUGAAUAUUGUAACGUAACUUGUCUGGAUGGGAAGUAGGGGAUGGAAGGAGAAGAAGAAAAUCCAGGUGCAAGUUAUUUCAUCUUGCAAAGUGCGCUUUGCGCACUGGUUUAUUGGACCCGAGGUUUAAAUCAAAGGUUUUUACUUUACAAACAAAUCUUACAGUCGAAAGGGAACGUUUAUAAAGUGAAGUAGCCAAGUUAAUCAGUAUAUAUCAAGCUGCAAAAUUGGCCCAUAAUGAUAUUGACAUGGAAGAAUCCCAUUCACAGGUCAAACAAGAGGAAAACUUGAUAUGGGAAGAUUUUGACAAAUUUGUUCAAACACCCAAACAGGCGAAUUCAAAAGUCAACGCUAUUUUAGAAGUCAAAUCAUAUUUAAGCGAAACCUUAAUAUUCAGAAAAGAGAAUUCUCUCGACUGGUGGAAAUCUAGAGUUUCAUUAUACCUUUAUGAGCUCUGAGAAUUCGCUAAGAAAUAUUUAUGUAUAAUGUCUACGUCGAUUCCAUCAGAACGAGUGUUUUCUAAAUCGUGGAUAUUAAUAUCUGAACGAAGGAAUCGGUUGAAAGGCAAAAAAGUGAUUAUGUUUUUACGUUGCAAUCAACAGAUAUAGUAGUUUUAAAUAUCUUGUAAAGUACAGAAUGUAUUUGUAUUGUUUUUUUACAGUUUUGUAUUUAUUGUUUGAGUUGACAUAUUUCUUUAUUAAAUGUUUUACAUUG